AUGUCGAGCCGGCGGACACCUACAACACUUGCGCCUCUACUAGCGAUCUGCUUAUGGGCAUGGAGGACAACAGCAUUCGUCAACAUACCCUUCUCGGACACAUACUACGGGGUUGAUGGGCCGUGGCAGGCGGUCUCGGUCAACGUGGGCGGAUGGAACGACGGUACAGCCGAUCGUUUACAAUGGACGACAAUGGACCUGAUGCCGGGCGGAUAUUACAACUCUUUCGCGCUGGACAAUUCGCUCUGCAGUCGCGGCGCUUCUGAAGACUGCGGCAAGGGAGGAACAUGGGAUGUCGACUCGUACACUCCGAUUCAAUACCAUCCCGUCUGGGACUACACCAGGAGCUCCGGCCAAUACAUGUCCGGGACCAUCUACACACAGAACUUAAACGUAAACGGAGAUGACCAGUACACGGUCCCGAACGCCAGUGUGGCAGUGGCCAGUGUGGGCAACCAGACCUUACCCAGCGGAAACCAGAUCGACAUCGAGCUUGGCUUCUUCUCGCUGGGUGCUGAUGACCCGUUGCAAGAGUUUACCACCCUUUCAUCCGGUGUCAACGACUCGACGAUCAAUUUAAAUCUCAUGCCCGGCUACUUCAACUCGAAGAAGAUCACAAAGUCAAGUUCCUUCAGCUUACACAUUGGGUCUACGGCGUUCGACUACCCGGGAUCGAUGUAUUUCGGCGGUUAUGACAAGGGCAGGGCUAUCGGACCGGGCACGACAUGGGGCACGGACACCUACCCACCCUUGCAAGACAUCAUACUAGGCGUCGAGACUGGAGGCUCGCCGUUCCCGUUCGGGAAAAAGAGCGGUCUCCUGAUAUCGAAUACGAGCACAAACGAGCCUAUCCAGGUCCAGCCCGAGCCUGUGGUGCCAUAUCUCCACCUUCCGAAGCAGACGUGCGACAAACUUGCUGCACAGCUGCCCGUGACAUUCGACUCGAGCGGCUACUACCUUUGGGAUACUCAAGACCCGACGUACACAAACAUCACCACUUCGGCGGCAUACCUGGGCUUCGUCUUUCCGCCGGCAGCAGGAGGAACGGACGACGUCAUCAUCAAAGUGCCCUUCGCGCUUCUCGUGCUGAACUUGACGGUCGAAGCAUCAGGACAAUCUGGCAGCACGCCUUACUUCCCGUGCAUGCCUUACGAUCCAGAUGGCGGCAACUGGCUUCUCGGACGCGCAUUCCUCCAAGCUGCCUUAUUCGGCAAGAACUACGGCAACGGCGUGUGGUUCCUCGCCCAAGCUCCCGGCCCAGGCUCAUCGCGCGCGGGUCUCGGAGUCGAGCCCCACGACAUCCAAGCCGGCGCGACCAACCUCGACUACUACCCCGACGACGGCCGCUUCGCCGACUCCUGGUCAAACUACUGGACCGUCCUCGAAGGCGACGACAGCUCCAGCGACAGCAGCGAUGGCGGCAGCAGCAGCGGUGGCAGCUCCUCCUCGUCCUCUGACGACGACGACGAUGACGGGCUCUCCACCGGCGCCCAAGCAGGUAUCGGCGUCGGCGCAGCCGCAGUCGGCAUCGCCCUCCUCGCCCUGCUCGCCUGGUUCUUCCUCCGCCGACGCAAAACGCGCAAAGACUCAGAUUCCGGCCACGAGCAAACCCCCUUCACCGCGGCCCACUACAGCGACGACCCCAAAACGCACUCCGCGCCGCAGCAGCAAUGGCACAGCCCGCAGCCCGAGCACCGACAGCCGGGCAGCGUGCACCAUUCGCCGUACAACGAGCAGCCGCAGCCGCAGUACCCGAACCCGGGCCAGAACCAGGGUCCUUAUCAUCAAUCGGCGUUCCGGGAGAAUUAUGUGCCGUAUAAGCCGGAGCAGGGGCAUGAGUUGAGUGAGCUGGGGGGCACGGCGCAGAAUCCGGUGAAUGAAUUGCCGGGGCAUGAUCCGCAGGAGUUGGAGGCGCCGUAUAAGCAGGAGCGGAGGACAAUCUUCAAGCCAUCGAGGCGAAACUUCACACACCACUACACCCUCCACCACACCACCGCUACGAUGAAGACCACCUGGAAGGACAUCGCGCCGGUGCCGACCUCCCAAGAAUUUCUCGACAUCGUCCUCUCGCGCACCCAGCGCCGCCUCCCCACCCAAAUCCGCUCCGGCUUCAAGAUCACUCGUAUCCGAGCCUUCUACAUUCGCAAGGUCAAGUAUACCUCUGAGACUUUCGCCGAGAAGCUAUCCGCGAUCCUCGACGGCUUCCCUCGACUGGCGGACAUCCAUCCGUUCCACAAAGAUCUGCUCAACACGCUGUACGAUGCCGACCACUUUCGCAUAGCGCUUGGGCAGCUGAAUACCGCGAAGGGUCUGAUCGAGACGGUGGCGAGGGAUUACAUUCGGUUGUUGAAGUAUGGACAGAGUUUGUUCCAGUGCAAGCAGCUCAAGCGCGCAGCGCUGGGACGAAUGGCGACGAUCUGCAAGAGGUUGAAAGAUCCGCUGCUGUACCUGGAGCAGGUGCGGCAGCAUCUUGGACGUCUGCCCGCGAUCGAUCCGAAUACGCGGACGCUGCUGAUCUGCGGGUAUCCGAAUGUGGGCAAGAGUUCGUUUUUGAAGAACAUCUCGCGAGCGGAUGUGGAUGUGCAGCCAUACGCUUUCACCACGAAGAGUCUGUUCGUGGGACAUUUCGACUACAAGAUGCUGCGGUUCCAGGCGAUCGACACGCCGGGGAUUCUGGACCAUCCGCUAGAGGAGAUGAAUACGAUUGAGAUGCAGUCGAUUACUGCUAUUGCGCAUUUGAGGAGUGCGAUUAUGUAUUUCAUGGAUUUGAGCGAGCAGUGUGGGUAUAGUGUGCAGGCGCAGAUGGCGUUGUUUCAGAGCAUCAAGCCGCUGUUCGCGAACAAGCUGGUAUUCAUCGUCAUCAACAAGAUCGAUGUGAUGCGACCUGAGGACCUGGAUGCGGAGACGCAGGCGAAGUUGCAGGAGCUGUUGAACAGUGGCAAUGUGGAGCUUCUACAGCUAUCAUGCACGACCUCCGAGGGUUUGAUGAACGUGCGGAACGCGGCAUGCGAUCGUCUGAUUGCAGAGAGGAACGCACAAAAGCUAAAGGCGGGCACCAAUGCGACCGGCGAGCCUACUGGCAGAUUGGGAGACGUUCUGCGGAGGAUACAUGUCGCGCAGCCGCUCGGUGGCGUGGUUCGAGAGUCGUACAUACCAGAAGCAGCACUGAACAGGAUGAAGUUCGACAAGGAGGACCCCAACCGACCGAAGCUCAUGCGAGACAUCGAGGAAGAGAACGGCGGGCCAGGGGUCUUCAACAUCAACCUGAAGGACAACUACCUCCUCGAGAACGACGAAUGGAAGAACGACAAAGUGCCGGAAUACUACCUCGGCCGCAACGUCGCAGACUUCGUCGACCCAGAGAUCGAAGCCAAGCUCGCUGCGCUGGAAGACGAAGAAGCGAGGUUAGAAGCAGAAGGGUUCUACGAAGGUGAAGAGGAAGACGAGCUCGAAGACGCCGACACGGCCGAUAUCCGCUACAAAGCAGACCUCAUCCGGGAGAAGCGCGAGCUGAUCAAGAACGAAAACCGCAUGCGCAAGAGUCUGAAAAAUCGCGCUGUCAUUCCCCGAAGCAAGAAAGCCGUGGACCUGGAGAAAAUGGAGCAAGGUCUUGCGAACGCCGGCUACGACACCUCCGCUAUCAGCGCCCGUGCUCGCUCAGCUUCGCGCCCUCGCGGCCGCACCGCUGCUUCUGCCGCCGACACACCAGACGGCGACGCCAUGGACGUGGACCAAACUCCCAAAGAGCGGCUGGCGCGCUCGAUCUCUGUCGCUCGCGUGCGCAGCCAGUCGGCUGUCAAUAGACGCGAAGACGGCGUGACGGACGAAGUGGCGAGGACGAAGGCGGAUCGGUUGGCGAAGCUGGGGCAGAAGAAGAUGAAUCGGAUGGCGAGGCAGGGAGAGGCGGAUCGGCAUACCACGGCGGCGAAGCCGAAGUGGUUGUUUGCGGGCAAGAGGGGGAUUGGGAGCACGCGGAGUCGUUAG